CCCUUCUUUUUCCGCGCUCCAGAGACCGCCCCCCGCAGGCGCUCCCCCCCCAAAAAAAAAACAGGCAUGGCCCAGCAACUCCGGCUCCCGGUGGGCGCCGUGCAGCCCGCGCCCGCCGCGCGCCUGGCGCAGCGCAGCCCCUCGGCGUCGCCUGGGUGCGCUCCAGCACGGAACGCAACUACGCCCAGCUCGCGAAGAAUUGCCUACACACCGACUGGCCCUGCCGCGUCGCCGGUCGUGUUCGCCACGCCCAGCGCUGGCCCGGAGCGGUCGUCCCACGUGUCUUUCGCGGAGCCGGGCCCGCCGGCGCGCGCGCAGACCCAGCCGGCCGCCGUCACGGUGAUCGCGCCGGGAGGCGGUACCGGCAUCAACGGCGCCGUCUACGCUGAGCUGGGCCGCGACCCCCGCUUCAACGUCAGCAUCGUCGGCCAGUCCCGCGCGCCCUACGACUGCUACCCAGAGGAUUGGUCCCACGGCACUGGCCCGCCGAAUCUGCAGUCUUUCGCGCGCGAGGUGCUAAUGAAGGGCACGAUAGGCAAGACCGAUCUGCUGGUUGUGGGCUCGCGGGGUGGCCAGGUGGUGCUCCCAAACUUCUGGGCGUCGGGCGCGCGUGUCCCGCCAGCAGUAGUCAUCAACGGUGGCUGCGCCAUGAAGUUGCCCACGCCCGUCAAGUGGCCGACUGACGCGAUUACCUUCAUCUUGCUCGGAGGGGACGACAACUUCCGAGGGCAUUUCAGCCACCAGCAGUACGUCGCCGACGCCAAGAGCCGCGUGCCCAAAGGCAACUCCACUACAGCCAUCCUCUAUGUGACAGAGAUGCAGCACAUGCCACAGGCCGCCCUGCUCUCCGCCAUAUUACCGCACAUGCUGACGGCGUUGCAGAAGUGGGAGGAGCGUGGCACCGCGCCGCUGCAGGAGUUCCGCCCAAUCCUUGCGGCGCUGAACCGGGACGGUUGGUCUGGCCGGCUCCUCCACACGCGCACCGCCGGGGCCUGGGAGGACAUCGCGUUCAGCCCGUGCGAGGUUGCACGGCUGGCCCAGUCCCCCAGCCGGUCGCCUGCGUGCACAGACGACUCCUCCGAGUCGGCCGAAGAAGAGCCCAUAGAGCUCUCGAGGCGCGACGAGCUCAAGGCACUGUGGAAGGCCGCGGCGGCAACGGCGCGGCCCAAGUGCGGGGCGCCCGCGGCGCGCGACGGGGCGCUCUUCGCUGCGGUGGUGCAGGCGGCCACGGCACAGGCCGCCACGCAGCUGGAGACCACCGGCGCCCCGCCGGCAGCCGCCCGGCAGCCACCGCUCUUGCCGGUCAACAUCGCGGGCCGGGGCGACGCCAAGGCCUUGCGCGGCGGGUACACGCCGCACCGGCUCAACCGCGCGGACCCGACGCCGAUCUCGCGCGCGCUCGGGCUCGGCAGGCCGAGCCCGUGGGUCUCCCCGAAGAGCUCCUACAGCACUGCCCGCUACGAGUUCUUCACGCCCGCGGAGGUGGCGACUGGAGGGGCGUGA